GCAUGGACCGGUCCCCGCUUGUGUAUUUACCAUUUACAGCCUUCGGUUCUUGCAGAGAGAAGAGAAGCAAAGCAUUUCAUUCGUGAGUAUUUACAUUAUCCAGCGAACAUUUUGUGAGUAAGAGAAGCAAAGCAGCAGAUCAGAGAAUUCAAUGACAGGUGUUGCAGAGAGAUCAGAAGGUGUCACUCUCGAAGGGUUGAGGAAGAGAAUGGCGGAGUUUGCAAAGGAAAGGGACUGGGAUCAAUUUCAUAGUCCUAGAAAUCUCCUUCUGGCUCUGGUGGGAGAAGUGGGAGAGCUGUCCGAGAUAUUCCAGUGGAAGGGGGAGGUUCCAAGAGGACUGCCCGAUUGGGAAGACGAAGAGAAGGAACACCUGGGUGAAGAGCUUUCGGACGUACUGCUUUACCUUGUUAGGCUCUCUGACAUAUGUGGCGUUGAUCUUGGUAAAGCUGCUCUCCGUAAGCUGGAAAUCAAUGCCAUUAAAUACCCAGUCAAGCUCUGCAAGGGCUCCUCCAAAAAGCCCACGCAAAUCAACGUGCCAGACAACAAGGAGGGUAGUUCUAAUGGUGGCGUUACGGCCAUCAGCAACAGUGACAGCAAAAGCCGCAGUGAUGGUGUGUGAUCUUCCUCUGAGUUUAUGUCCCCUUGUCUUAUCCUCUCUCCUUUUAGGUUCUUAAAGCCUUCUCUUUGGUUAUUUUAUGCCCAAAAAUCAAUCCCCUAUUGUGUUUAAGUAGGCUUUCAACUACAGUGUAAUAGAUGUUUCUUUAUGCAGUAUCUCUCUCCCUUGGUGAUU